AUGGUCAAAGUCUUUGUCUCCCUCAGCGCGUUGGCCACUGCCGCUACGGCUGGCUCCGUCACGCAGCUCCCCGAGUCUGUGACCAAGCUCAUCGACUACUCCGCAAACCCCUGCGACGACUUUUACCAAUAUGCGUGUGGUUCGUGGUACAAGAAUGCUGUGAUUCCCCCGUACAGGACAAACACCGGUACGUCGACCUCCAAGAUUUCCAUCCAAAACGAAGCCGUGUUGAAGAAGAUUUUGUCUGACAACAAGCCCAAGCUUGGCGAGUUUUACAACUCCUGUUUGGACACGGCUACGCUCUCGUCGCUUGGCCUGACUCCGUUGGCCGACUCGUUCAAAGCCAUUCGAUCGGCCAACACCACGUUGGACCUCCUCGUCGUGGCUGGUGAAUUGGCCAAGAACGGCAUCCCUGCCUUUGUUGACAUCAAGGCCAGUGCCGAUAAAAAAGACUCGACCAAGAACGCCCUCUUCGGUGUACAACCCCCCCUGUCGCUACAUCGCUCGUACUACACCACCCCUUCCAAGUGGGAGAUAAUCGAAGCCGACUACAAGGUGUACAUUGCGACGGUUUUGCAGUUGGCUGGAUACACUGCCGAACAAGCGGCGGCUGCCGUGCCGGUGAUCAUCCGUUUCGAGCAAACUCUGGCGGGUGUCGCCCUCAGAAAGCUCGAAGAGAUGGAGGCCGCCGUGUCUCCGUACACUGCGCUUACUUACUACCAACUGGACCAGAAGUAUCCGCUGCUCAUUGGCUCGUGGCUCAAGGGCAACGGCUUCAACGUCCGCGACGGAUGCGGUGGGUCGAACGACUGGGUGGGUUUGACCGCCUUGACCUACUUUGAAAAGGCCGAAGCGUUGUUAACGAACACGACGUUGGACGACCUCCGCACCAUCGUGGAGUACAAGCUCAUCCACGCCUCUUCCACCCAUCUGACCCCUGAAUUCCGCACGGCCAACUGGAAUUUCUUCGGCAAGAAGAUCAAUGGCGAAAAGGUGGAACCAACUCGUGAAAAGUUCUGCGUCGCAGAAGUGGAUACAACAGUUGGGGAGCUCUUGGGCCAGUACUUCUUAGACGCGGUGUGGUCGGCUGACACGGCCAAGACGGCCGACGAACUGGUCAAGGCCUUGGAGUCGUCCUUCUCCACUAGCAUUGCCACCGCCGACUGGUUGGACAACUCGACCCGCGCCAACGCACAAACGAAGUUGUCCAAGUUUGUGCACUUGUUGGGUGGCCCAGAGAAGCCACAGCUGUACCCCACGCUAACGUUGGACUCGAAGACGUAUCUGAACAACCGUUGGAAGGUGUCUCAAGUGAACAUCGACACCAACUUGAAGUUGGCCGGCCAACCUGUGGACAAGCGCAAGUUCAGCAUUCCCCCUCAGACAGUCAAUGCGUACUACAUCCCCAAGGAGAACCAAAUUCUGUUCACGGCCGGUUUUUUGCAAAACCCGUUCUUUGACAACCAGUUUGACGCUGCCCAGAACUUUGGUGCCAUCGGGGUUGUCAUCGGACACGAAAUUUCCCACGGGUUCGACAACCGCGGCCGCUAUUACGAUGGCGACGGCAAGUUCAACCCAUGGUGGUCGAUUGACACCAUCACUGCAUUCAAGAAGAAGGCCCAGUGCAUUAUCGACCAGUACGCCAAGUUUGUCGUCAAGAGCGAAGUGACUGGCGCUGAGUUGGGCAACGUCAAUGGCACGCUCACUUUGAGUGAAACCAUUGCCGACAACGGGGGGCUCAAGACCAGUUUUCGCGCAUACCACGAGUACUUGAAGAAGUUCCCGUCGCAGUACACCGAAGAAGCUGGCGACAAGUUGUUCUACUUGUCGUUCGCCCAAGCCAGGUGCUCCAAGUACACGGAUACCCACCUCAACUUUCUAUUGAAGAAGGCUCACCCGCCCGGUCGGUUCCGCGUGACGGGGGCGUUGCAAAACAACGCUGAGUUUGCCCGUGUGUUCAAAUGCCCCACCGACUCGAACUUGAACCCGUCCAAGAAGUGCUUGUUGUGGGAAUAG